GCGGGCCGGCCGGGAGGAGGGAGGGAACUGGCUCGCGGCCGCGGCGCUGAAGUUUCCUGCCCGCCGCGCUCCCACCCUCUGCUGGAGGCCCGGGCCAUGCCGGAGCGCUGGGGUCGAGCGACAGCAUGAAGGGCGGCGACCGCGCUUACACCCGAGGUCCCUCUUUGGGGUGGCUCUUUGCUAAGUGCUGCUGUUGCCUCCCGUGCAGAGAUGCAUACUCCCAUUCCUCAAGCGAAAACGGAGGCAAGUCAGAGUCAGUGGCCAACCUGCAAUCUCAGCCCUCCCUGAACUCCAUCCACAGCUCCCCAGGUCCCAAGCGUUCCACUAACACUCUUAAGAAGUGGCUGACGAGCCCUGUGCGCCGGCUCAACAGCGGGAAAGCAGAUGGAAACAUCAAGAAGCAGAAGAAAGUACGAGAUGGCCGGAAGAGCUUCGACCUGGGAUCUCCCAAGCCUGGGGAUGAGACGACCCCUCAGGGAGACAGUGCAGAUGAGAAGAACAAGAAAGGAUGGGGUGAAGAUGAGCCAGAUGAAGAGUCUCACACCCCUCUGCCUCCACCUAUGAAGAUCUUUGACAACGACCCUACACAGGAUGAGAUGUCCUCCUCUUUGCUAGCAGCCCGGCAGGCUUCCACUGAAGUACCUUCUGCUGCAGACCUUGUCAGUGCAAUAGAACAAUUGGUCAAAAGCAAGCUGAGUCUAGAAGGAGGCUCAUACCGGGGAAGCCUGAAAGACCCUGUAGGCUGCCUGAAUGAGGGGAUGACCCCACCCACACCUCCUAGAAACCUGGAAGAAGAACAGAAAGCCAAAGCCCUGAGAGGCAGGAUGUUUGUCUUGAAUGAGCUGGUACAGACAGAAAAGGACUAUGUCAAAGAUCUGGGGAUUGUGGUGGAGGGCUUCAUGAAGAGAAUAGAAGAAAAGGGUGUCCCUGAGGACAUGCGAGGAAAGGAUAAAAUUGUGUUUGGAAAUAUUCACCAGAUUUACGACUGGCAUAAGGAUUUUUUCCUGGCUGAACUGGAAAAAUGUAUCCAGGAGCAAGACAGGCUGGCACAGCUCUUCAUCAAACACGAGCGGAAGCUGCACAUCUACGUGUGGUACUGCCAGAAUAAGCCGCGCUCGGAGUACAUCGUCGCCGAGUACGACGCUUACUUUGAAGAGGUGAAACAGGAGAUAAAUCAAAGGCUGACACUUAGCGACUUCCUUAUCAAGCCAAUUCAGAGAAUCACAAAGUACCAGUUGCUCCUCAAGGACUUCCUGAGAUAUAGUGAGAAGGCUGGUUUGGAGUGUUCAGAUAUCGAGAAAGCGGUGGAGUUAAUGUGCCUUGUUCCAAAACGCUGCAAUGACAUGAUGAAUCUGGGACGCCUGCAGGGCUUUGAGGGCACCCUGACCGCCCAGGGGAAGCUGCUACAGCAGGACACGUUCUAUGUGAUCGAGCUGGAUGCGGGCAUGCAGUCCCGGACCAAGGAGAGGCGUGUGUUCCUCUUUGAGCAAAUCGUCAUCUUCAGUGAACUGCUAAGGAAGGGAUCCCUCACCCCAGGCUACAUGUUCAAAAGGAGCAUCAAGAUGAAUUACUUGGUCCUGGAGGAGAACGUGGACAACGACCCCUGCAAGUUUGCACUCAUGAACAGGGAGACUUCGGAGAGGGUCAUUCUGCAAGCCGCCAACGCAGACAUCCAGCAGGCCUGGGUGCAGGACAUCAAUCAAGUCUUAGAAACACAGCGAGACUUCCUAAAUGCACUUCAGUCGCCCAUUGAGUAUCAGCGGAAAGAAAGGAGCACAGCUGUGAUGAGGUCUCAGCCAUCUAGGGUUCCCCAAGCCAGCCCCAGGCCCUAUUCCUCUGUCGCCGGGGGCGCUGACAAGCCCCCAAAGGGCUCCAGCUAUAACCCGCCUCUGCCACCCCUGAAGAUAUCUACCUCCAAUGGCAGUCCAGGGUUUGACUAUCACCAGCCUGGGGACAAGUUUGAGGCCAGCAAGCAGGGCGACCUGGGGAGCUGCAAUGGGACCUCCUCCAUGGCCGUGAUCAAAGAUUACUAUGCACUGAAGGAGAACGAAAUCUGUGUGAGCCAAGGUGAGGUGGUCCAGGUCCUCGCCGUCAACCAGCAGAACAUGUGCCUGGUGUACCAGCCUGCCAGCGACCGUUCGCCCGCGGCCGAGGGCUGGGUCCCGGGCAGCGUCCUGGCACCCCUCACCAAAGCCACCGCGGCAGCAGAAAGUAGUGACGGAAGCAUCAAGAAGUCAUGUUCAUGGCAUACCCUACGAAUGAGAAAGCGGGCGGAAGUGGAGAACACGGGUAAAAAUGAAGCCACAGGGCCUCGUAAACCCAAGGAUAUUCUGGGCAACAAAGUCUCUGUUAAAGAGACGAACAGUUCCGAGGAGUCAGAGUGUGAUGAUCUUGACCCUAAUACUAGCAUGGAGAUCUUAAAUCCAAAUUUCAUCCAAGAAGUGGCCCCAGAAUUCCUUGUGCCCUUAGUGGAUGUGACCUGCUUGCUUGGGGACACGGUGACAUUGCAGUGCAAAGUCUGUGGGCGGCCGAAGCCCACCAUCACUUGGAAGGGACCAGACCAGAACAUCCUUGACACCGACAACAGCUCGGCCUCAUACACCGUCUCCUCCUGUGAUUCUGGGGAAAUCACCCUGAAGAUCUGCAAUCUGAUGCCCCAGGACAGUGGGAUUUAUACCUGCAUAGCAACAAAUGACCAUGGCACCACAUCUACGUCUGCUACAGUUAAAGUGCAAGGUGUUCCGGCAGCCCCUAACCGCCCCAUUGCCCAGGAGAGAAGCUGCACCUCCGUGAUCCUCCGCUGGCUGCCUCCCUCCAGCACUGGAAACUGCACUAUUUCUGGCUACACAGUGGAGUACCGGGAGGAAGGUUCCCAGGCCUGGCAGCAGUCGGUAGCUUCGACCUUGGACACUUACCUUGUCAUCGAAGACCUCAGUCCGGGGAGUCCUUAUCAGUUCCGAGUCAGCGCCAGUAACCCCUGGGGUAUCAGCCUUCCCAGCGAGCCCUCAGAGUUUGUGCGACUCCCAGAGUACGAUGCUGCUGCUGAUGGUGCCACCAUUUCUUGGAAGGAUAAUUUUGAUUCAGCUUAUACUGAGCUUAAUGAAAUUGGAAGAGGCCGUUUCUCCAUAGUGAAGAAGUGUAUUCACAAAGCUACCCGCAAGGAUGUCGCUGUGAAAUUCGUUAGCAAAAAAAUGAAGAAAAAAGAGCAGGCUGCCCACGAGGCUGCCCUACUCCAGCACUUGCAGCACCCUCAGUACAUCACUCUCCACGACACCUACGAAUCCCCCACAUCCUACAUCCUGAUUUUGGAACUGAUGGAUGAUGGCCGGCUCUUAGACUACCUUAUGCAUCAUGAUGAGCUGAUGGAAGAGAAAGUAGCUUUCUACAUCCGAGAUAUCAUAGAAGCCCUGCAGUAUCUUCACAACUGCAGGGUUGCCCAUUUGGACAUCAAGCCUGAAAACCUGCUCAUUGACCUUCGCAUUCCAGUACCUCGAGUGAAGCUCAUAGACCUGGAGGAUGCCGUCCAGAUCUCGGGGCACUUCCACAUCCACCACCUGCUGGGGAACCCCGAGUUUGCCGCCCCAGAAGUGAUCCAAGGCAUCCCCGUCUCCCUGGGCACAGACAUCUGGAGCAUUGGGGUACUGACGUAUGUCAUGCUGAGUGGCGUGUCCCCCUUCUUGGAUGAGAGUAAAGAGGAGACAUGUAUCAACGUGUGCAGGGUGGACUUUAGCUUCCCACAUGAAUACUUCUGUGGCGUGAGCAAUGCUGCCAGAGACUUCAUCAAUGUGAUCCUGCAGGAAGACUUCCGGAGGAGGCCCACAGCAGCCACCUGCCUGCAGCAUCCCUGGCUGCAGCCCCACAAUGGCAGCUACUCCAAAAUCCCCCUGGACACCUCCCGCCUGGCGUGCUUCAUAGAACGCCGCAAGCAUCAGAAUGACGUGCGGCCUGUCCCCAACGUCAAGAGCUACAUCGUCAACCGGGUAAACCAAGGGACGUAGCCAUCUCCUAGCCCUUGGGGUUUCACAUGGAAGUGCAGUGUGAACCAAAGCAAGACUGAAUGUCUGUAAAUAAUUCUGUUAGUUCACUCCAUGCAGUUCUCUGGAUCGAGAGAUGUACCUCUUAAACCUCAUCAGGGGUUAUUCAGGGUCUGGGCAGCCGUAAAAUUACCCUAAAUCCAGGGGCUUUUCAGAAGGUCAUUCGGAAGAGGUAAAGAUGCAAAGAGUCACCCAAACCAUUAAAGAGAAGGCCAAGGAGAACAAGAAUAUUAGCUGUUAGACGAUUUUAAUAGUGUGUUCCAAAAUGAGUGGUUAACUGGGCAAACCCAAAGCUCACUGUAGUGAGCAUAAAAGGUUUCUAACUCUGCUGAAAUUUUAAGCAAAAAGUUCUAUUUAACAGAGAUGUCGUGUAUGCCAACUAUUCUGGUUUAGAUUACUUAGAUAUAGUUUCUUAAUAGGAUACAUAUACACAUACAGUAAAAUAUAUUCCAUUCAGUUUUCAGAGUUUUAUAAUAUAGAGGUAUAUAUGAAAUCAAUCAUAAGUAACUUUGAGUGCUCCAGUUAAGACAGUAAUUUAUUUACCGAAGCAUUACAUUGUUUUGACUAAGCACAAUUAGAUGACAAGUUUUUUAGAGCAUUUUAUAAAUCUUGUAUAGAAAUCUUUUACCAGAACCUGUGCAUUAAGAGAAAGCAACGUUACCUUUUGCAGUCGUGAAUGAGAUGAUUUUUCUCUCAGUCACAAGUAUUUGAUUAACAUAGGUUCUGUAUAUGAAACGCUACCCCCAAAUUCACCGGCAGCUUAGAGUUCAUCUGGCAGGAAAGCCUGCCAGGAAAGAAGUCCAAAUACAGUAAGAGUUCUGGGGUUAUUUUUAUGUCUACACUCGGUUUGAACUAGGUAAUGAAUAUAACAGGUUCAUACAAAAGGGCAAAUAGAAACCUUUCCUAUGGUUCCUAAGACCAACGUAACAACGCUUUCUGACUUCUUCUACAGCUGUAGAAGGCAGUCCUCAGAAAGUUGGUUUGCUUUAUUUCUAACCCCUUCUGGAAGCUAAGGGGUGCUUACCAAAAGGAGGCAGCCAUAUAGGCCUUAUAAAGGCCUGGUCCCAAGUCCUUUUUGAAGCCAUGGAAUAAAAUCUGAUACAUCACUCUAACAGAGCAUUGAGUUUCGACUGUGAUUCCAAUACCCGUCACCACUCAGCCGCUGAUAUUUCCCUGGACCAAAAGGACAAAUUGCACUUUGAGGCCAACGCUGCUUCCCGGCAUGUGUUCUCCACUCCCAGUGAUUAUGAACUGCCCUUUCCCCAGCUAGUGGGGGAAAAAAAAAUUCAACCUGGGCAUUUCAUGGUUGUUUUUCUUUCUUUGUUUUUGGGGAACAAUUUUUGGGGGUUUUUUGUGUGUUGGUACUUGACCCACCCUUUGUUUUCUAGGAUAUGCAAAUAAUAUUUUUAAAAAAUAACUCAAGUGUUUGUCCUCAAAUCAGUUUUAAUGGCAUUGCUUCUCUCCUAUGAUAGGAUUGAGAAAAUUAAAAUCAAGCUGCACAAAAGUGCAAGCAGAGAGUUUAUGAAGGAUAAAUAGAAUUACAAACCUAUCUAAAUGAAAAGGAAUGGUGGAAACGAAGUCUGAACUUUAAUAUAUAAAAACACUUAUUCCCACAGCGGAAAUAUAGAAUUAAAACCACUCAUCUGUCUUUUCCAUUGGUCUUAGAGUCAACUUCCUCAUCUACCCUCCGCCUCAUCCCAUCCAAGAUUAUAGAUUAAUCAAUUAGUAGAAAGUACAAGCAAUAAGACUAGAUAGCACUUCGUAUUUUUAGGAUUAACCAAAUACGUGGAAACUGAUUCCAACUGUUAUUUGGUUCCUAGUUUCGAAUGGCCCUGGGUCACCAAGGCGCCCUCCCUCAGAGAUCGCCCUUGACCAACCCUCCCUAGUCUUCAUUUAAACCUACAUGUAUAUACAAAUACUAUCUGAUCUAAUAUUUUAAAAUUUAAAACAUAUUUACUAAAAAACCUUUUAGUAAACAUGUCUCUAUUGUGAGAUCUAGCCUAAAAGAAGCCUGGUCCCUAGGGCUAGUCACCGGAUGGAGGGCAGGCACUGAGGAUUCCAAAUACCCAUAAAAUGUGACUUGGCAAGGUCUGUUUCAUCCACUGUGCACAGCAACUAAAGAAAUCUGUGCUGAGUCCUUUUGAGUGUGUAUGACCAUGUAAGAGACUGGUUGAGAUUCUGCUGGAGAAGAUUCGAGCCUUGGACAGUAGUGCACAGAGGGCACAGGAGAGAAUUCAUGAAAUCAUGUUGUGGGAGGGAAGCUGACAGAAUGGUGGAGCCAAAAGUUUUAUAUCAGCUUUUACAUCAGAGUUGGAACAGCCCAGGUGUGGGGUUGCGUGGAAUUUCCCCUCCCCACAAGUACACAUGCUGGGGAAAUGGGGAGACAGGAGAGGCAGGACAUAGAAAUGAAAAGUAGGAUGAUUCUGUUAACUGGAGCCAAAGUACAAUCAUUAGAAUUAAUUUAACAGAGGCCCCAAGAGAAAGGGUGUGUAUUUUAUAUAGUUUGAUAACUGAAUUAAACUAACAGAGAGGUUCCCUGUCUGCAAAGCCCCUGCCCACUCCCCGACAGAAGUAAUUUAGCAAUCCUGGCUCAAGAAUUCUCCAUAGGGAGCUGGAAAUAACAAGGAAGGCUUUAACAGGGAAGCCCAGAAGGUGGGGCUUGGGAAAUGUACUUGAGGUUGCUCUGUGGGCAACCAUGGGGGGGGACGGAGGAUUAAUAACCACUUUCUUGUACCUGUUUUGGCAGAUAAUUGCUUUCUGGUAGAGAGGGGAAGAAGAGAAAAUGGUCCACUUCGACCAUAGUUUUUGAAAUCAAAACUUAACUGGGAAUUAGUGGAAGUGAGCUUCCAGUUGAAAUGGGAAAAAUUAGUGUUGGUUAAUGUCAUAAAUUUCUUGCUUGUUUUUUUUUCAUUGCAUAGAGUUUUGAGGU